AGCACAGAAAAAUGACAUGAAAUCAUAGCAUGGUCGAUAAUCUAUAGCUUUUGGGAACUUUGAAAAAAUGGGGGAUGAAGCUUUAAGUACACUGCUUAACAUGGGUUUUGGAUACGAGGAAAGCUCCGCUGCACUUGAACACUGUAAAAAAGAUGUCAGUGAAGCUGUUGCUUACUUGACUGAUCCAAGUAGAGCUGUUGUCCCGUACGGUCCUCAUCUAGAAAAUAAGGGAACUCAGCCAAUGGAGAUUGAAGCAUUUGAGGUGGAAGAAGAAGAAUUUCCUGCCCAAGUGCUCAAAGAUAUCAAGAGUAGGAUAUACAGCGAGAACUGGUCUAUGAAUUACAGAGAAGGGGAGGGACUCUUAAAAUGUAUUAAUGCUGCUACCAGGCUUUCUGACAAGAACAUUGUGCAAUCUAACGAUGACUGUAAAAAGUUUCUGUAUGAGGUGCUCCCAGUAGCAUUUACCAAGCUCCUUACAAACACCCCCCUACACGACAGCGAGUUGCAGGACGCUAUCUACAACAUUACCUCAACCUACCUCGCUCUCGCUGUCUCUCAGCUCAGAAACACCCUGGAUUUGAGUGUACUAAAAAUAUUAUCCACUGUAAUGGAUCCUCGCUCUGAGUUCAACUUCAGAAACAGGUCAAAACGAUCCAAACACAAUUCUAGCCAUGAUGUAGCAUACGCGCAGUGUCCUCCUCGAACCACCUUUAGAGAUCCUUACGGCUGGUUAGCUUCUCUUAUUAACACAUUCGGAGUAGAGGGAGGAUUUCAAGCUAUUUUGUCCCACGCGUGUGGAGAAGAGAAGCCAUCCCCGUUCUUACUGUCUCAUGUCCUGAAACCGUGGGGGAAAUGUAUAGAGUACCUGGUUCCUGAAACCCUGGGCCCUAUCUUCAAACAGCUCAUGCAGGCGAGUAUAGAAGCGAUGAAGUCAAUGACAGUGGAAGAUUACAAGUCUAAAGAGAUUGGUUUAGUAUGUGAUCUGCUUGUGUCCAUGAAGCUUAUCUGUACUGGCUGUGGCAACCAGUUCACUAUCGGGGAUGCUAAAGGCAUGGACGAGAUGAGACUACAAGAAAUAAAGAAAAUGCUGACAACUUCCCAUUUUAACGCCAGAAUGAAUGCUCUAAACGAGACACUGCGUAUAGUGGAGGAAACACGUGACCUGAACCAGAAGUACCCAAUAGAUUCGGAGAGAGUACUGGAGUGGUUAACUCAACAAAGGAUCCUGAUGGUGGCGCUGGAGAACAACCUGCAUCAGUCACAGUACACCGCUAAGAUCAUGAAGAUAGCUGACUUUAUUGGUGCUUCCAUCACGGCGGAAGAUAUAAACCAGUUUUGGAAGCUGCAGGAGGGCAGACAGCCGGUGGUUGUUGAGAAUGCUCACAACAUUAUUGCAGCUGCGGCUGUUCACUUUAAUGAGAAGCAAGCAAAUCAUCUUUUUACACUGAUAACACAAUCUUGGUUAAAGGAGGACCAUAAAGGCAGACAAAGACUUCUCUCCCUCCUUGGAAAACUAGGUAAGUUGCCACUGGUAUUGGAGCAGGUUUGGGCGCUGAUUCACCUGAAAGAUGUGGGUAUAGAAGAAAUAGAGCAAGGUCUGACACUUCAUCUGGAAUUACUUAACUCACCUACCUACCAGGACGACUGUAAGAAGGAGUAUGUAAUGAAGUGUAUAGCCGAUAUUAAGAACAGGGAAUGGGUGGUACCAGCCAUGAACUAUCUUGUUAGAAUACUUCAGAACUGUUUACAGUCCUCUUCUAAACUUGGGAAGAAUAUUCUCAGAGAGUUACAAAACAGCGUGUUAGCGGUGAAGCUGAUAACAAACAGCCUGGUCUCUAACUACACCAGUAUAACAGAUAAAUACAACGACAAAAUACAUCCUGAUACACGAUGCAAUGAUUCGUUGUACACGCUUACUGAGUGUGUCCAUACACAUCUCAAGAUGUUGAAAUUAGUACUGGAUCAUUGCAGUGACUUCCUGCAUUGGAAUCACGUCGAAGCAAUCUGGGACUGCCUUGCUGCUCCAAAUGCGGCGCUCCAGCACUAUGAUGAAUGUUGUGACUGGUUUUCCAAAGCGGUCAGCGACUUAGAUCCGAACACACAAACGAAAUUGUUUGAACAGAGAUUGCAAUUAUUGGAUACAAGUUGUAUUCGCCCACUGGCUUUCAACUGUUUCAAGGUAUAUUUUGAGAGUAUAAACGUGCGUGAUGGAAAAAUAAAACGUUGGACAGCUAACAGUUUUACAGUUGAAAGUCUCAAGAUGACCGGUCUGAAGUUUAUCUGGAACGUUUCACUUGAAGCAAAGGACGAAGUUGUGUCACGUGAUGCGAUGGACUACCUUCUCAGAGUUAACCACUCUGCACUCUCCCCCAAACUAAAGAAAGACUGCUCAACACUGCAUCUCAACUUUACUAAUCAUUGUCAAGAGCUCCUUCAGGGUUGUGUCGAAGCCUCAGGAAGUGAACCAAACGAAGAGGUCCUCAAACGAACAGCCAACAUCCUGAACAUUACAACAGAUUACAUAGUUCUGGCAGAGUCCGCCCACAAGGGAGUCAGAUUGUUGGAGCCGCAUGGUGCUCGGUAUUUGGGCACCCUCAUAACUUUCAACUUGGAACUCGACAAGGACAAUGCCAUCAGGGUAUUCCAUCAUGUGAACGAGAAAGUUUCAGCAGUCCGGCUCCGAGCGGCCAAGUUCUCUAAAUCCUCCCCCGACGCUGUAGAACUGAAGAUAGCAGACGAGAUAUUGGCUCCCAAUAACGAUAACAAACUGCUCAACCUCUCACAGAUAUCAGAAGGAUGUGUUGUAAAAGUUCGAGUGUUACCCACAGCCUCGUCCCCUGUGAAAUCCUGGAACGAGGAGCUUAAUACCCCUGUUAAGUUUGAGAAACAGAUGCCCGGCGUUUUACUUACAACUCAGCCUAAAGUUCAUCAGAACCUCCAGAUUUUGUCCACGAUGGGUAAACCUGUCUCCCAAGCUGUACAGCGUCUCCUAAGCCAACUCCCUACCAACCCUUGCAUCCAGGAAGUCCUGGAAUCUCUGGAGACCAACAAGAUCAAGAACACGGAGCAACUCCUUACAGAGCUUCUAACCGGACCUGUCACUAAGAUCACCUACAACCUGGAGGCUAUCAGUGCCAGGAUUAUCCCUGUGGAGAAAGACUCCUCCGACAGGCUCGCCCUUAACACCAUAUUCCUGAACCUUACAUCGGACAUCCCCGGAGCAAAGUGCGGCUCUACAUGCGGUCUGGACAUGUUUUACGAUGUCUUUAACGUAGACUCCGGUGAUGAUCCCCGGUCUAGGAGACCCUCUAACAUGACCCUGUCAGAGCUGUUCCUGGGGGAGGUGAAGGAGGAGUUUCUAGAGGUUUCCUUACUGGUUGUCUCCAUCUUCAGGGGUCUGCUCUGUGGAAUCUCCAGCCCCCUCUUCAAGCACAAUACUCCUCUUAAUGUCACUUAUCUUAAGAAACUGACCAGGGAUCAGCUCCUUGCCAUGAUGAAGUUCUUCACCCACACGGCCCUGUGCGGCAGCUUUGGGUCCAAACUGAAAUCUAGAGGACAACCUCUACCAGCUCAGAACAGUUCUACAAUAAACAGGAUAUCAGAUCAAAACUCUUCUCUGGGAUGCGAAGCAUUCGAGCUGGUAAUGUUAGGCGCCACCUACCACCCACAGGGUAUUAGUGUGCUGUUUGAUAUCAUGGAGUUACCUGGUGGUUACAAGAGGAUGUUGCUGGAUCUUCUCCUCUACACCCCCUCCGGAGAAGUAAGGUCUCUGGUCGCGUCGGAGCUGGAGAAGCUUUGUAUCGCGCAGCGAGAGACAUUGACCAUAGAUGAGCAAGAUAUGAUGGAUGUGGACAACGAAGCCGUCCCUAAUGUCCAUUACAAGCUCCUUCAAAUCCUCCUUAAGACACCAUUGCCGUUAUGGGGUCCCUCCGUCCAUGUUCGAGACACCCAAAAGAGACUUAUGAGUCGGUGCACUCAGUUCUUCAGUUUAACCAGUUUCCUUCUGAGGGAGAUGUCACUUGACAGUCAGAUCUGUAGACAGCUUAGCAUCAACGAUCUGGUUAAGGAUGAAAUAAAGUUGUUGAAGACAGCUGCUAACGAGGGAAAUGUCCAGCAAGCGUUCCUAGCGGGUCAUCUGCGUCUCCUCUGCUCACUUGCUUCUAUGAAGGGAGUCGACAAAAGACAUGUCGGAAAGAAACUGAUUCCCACACUUUUAGGAGACUUCCUGUUCCCUGCUGCUAACAUAAUGUAUAAGAGCUCCGGCAGCAAGACCCGGUCUAAAGGAUAUAACGAAGCUCCAGUAUCCAUGAACAGUGAGGAGACACAAUCUGCAGCCUACUCUCUGUUGGUGACACUUGUUAAUGAUUCUCCGGAGAACAGCAGAGAUGUGACCCUGGAACUUGUCCGACUUCAUCACCAGCCGAACCAGGAUUUAGUUACCGAGUGGAACUACUAUCCGAUGGUUCAGCCUAAAUCCGAUUGUGGAUAUGUGGGACUGAAGAACGGUGGAGCAACUUGCUACAUGAACGCUGUACUCCAGCAGCUCCACGCGGUCCCGGGUCUCUCUGAAUCUAUCUUGUGUAUGCAGCCUCCCUCUCCCUCCUCCCCUUCUCGCUCCUCCCAACCUAAGUACGGUGAGGAGAUGUUUCUCCAGUUCCAGCACUUGCUCGGUAACCUCAACGAGAGUCAACAAAAGUUCUACAGUCCAGAAGGGUUCUGGAAAUCCUUCAAACUUUGGGGCCAGCCGAUAAAUCUCCAUGAGCAACAAGACGCGUUUGAACUAUUCAACAACCUAACAGACCAAGUGGAUGACGUCCUGAAAGCUAGGGGAGAGAACAGAGUUUACCAGACGCAAUUCGGGGGAGAGUUUGUCGACCAGAAGAUAUGUGUGGAAUGUCCCCACAGAUCGGAGCUCAUUGAGCCGUUCAUGAGUCUGAGUGUGUCCAUCAGAACAGGUAACCUGGACGACAGUUUAGAACAGUUUGUCAAGGGCGAGGUGCUGGAGGGAGAUAACGCGUAUCUGUGCGAGGAAUGCGAUGAAAAGAGGACCACCCUCAAAAGAAUGUGCAUCAAAACCCUUCCUAACAUCCUCGUCAUCCACCUUAAACGUUUCGACUACGAUUGGGAGAGAAACAAAGCGUUUAAAUUUGAUGAUCACUUCAGUUUCCCAAACCAGUUAGACAUGUUACCCUACACCCAGGUAGGGGUGGAAGGUACAGCUAAACAGAAGAGGGAUGUAACCUCUCUGUACACGCUGUGUGGGGUCAUAGUGCACUCGGGUCAGGCUAACGCAGGACAUUACUACAGCUAUAUCAGGAAGAGAGGCACCGGGGACUGGUUCAAGUUUAAUGAUGAUACAGUGACCCCUGUUAAGAUGACGGAUCAGACUAUGGUUGAAGAGUGUUUUGGAGGAGAGUUCAAGUCGAAGGGAUCUUCUUCAACUAGAAAUCGUUAUUGGAACGCUUAUAUUCUAUUUUACGAUAGGGCCAAUGAAAUGUGUCCACCUUCACCCUGGAAGAAGCCUCAAAAACCGAUAUCGCCCACAAAACGACUGAAAGCAUCCCGUCUGUCACUGACCAAGCUGUCGAACAUUCCUGAUCACAUGGAAGACAACGAUCCUGUCAACGCUCUAGAGGAUUUGAUAAAAUCUGGCGAAAAGUCUGGAAUGUUCCAGGAGAAACUCCCGCCGGUCGUCAGGAACGCCAUUAUUGAGUCCAACACGAAACUAUUGAAAGAGCGAGCCGUUUUCAACGAAUCGUACUUCAACUUCGUCAGAAAGUUGGUGAUAACCAACAUCGCGUCCGACAACGUGAAGGACUACACUCACUGGAGCACCAAGUUGAUGUGUAACUUUUACCUGCACACGUUCCUUCAUGUGAGUAGUUCCUUCCAGUUCCACGAGGAAGCCUGGAUGGAAACCUUCCGGAUAGUCAUGGAGAGCGAAAUAAGUGCUGUCGCUACCUUUUUCGAGUUCAUAAGCUCAACUCGUAAUCACGAUUAUCUGACCCUCCAUUUGCUGACCUGCCCAAGAAGUUAUAUCAGGAAGAAGUUUGCUGCCCUGAUCAAAACAGCCAUGGACUGUCUCCAGAAGAUAGACCGGCUGAUAUCCCCGGUAGUAGACACGUUUAUCGCGCGGUACCUGGCCCUUAUAUCACGUGAACUAACCGAGAAUAACAAGUACUGUGAGGAGUACUUUGGAGUGCUGUACCAUUAUGCUAAGAUAUCAGGCGACACCGCUCGUCAUCUCAGAUCUCGGAACUUCAUCGCUCUCUUCACCAGCUUCCUGGUUGGAUCUGGUGUUAACAGCAACGGUACAAACGGUGAUCACGUGACAAAAUGGGCUUCAAGCCAGCUGCACAACUUUACAUCUGGGUACCAAACACUGGGACAAAUCAUGUCGCACACCUCCCUCUCCCAGUACUACACCACCGAGACCAACACCCCUAACCCUCUGAUCAGCACAGACUCUGAACCUGACGCUCCCGACCCCGCUCAGGGUGUCCACAAUAUCAUGUCAGAAACUGGCAUGGCGUCAAGUUUCCUGUCCCAUCUGCUGGAUGUGUGCCACACUGUGGGACAGAGCAGUGUGAGUAGUACCCUGUGUAUCAUGUGCUGGUGUAACCAGGCCCUCACUACUUGUCUCCUCAGUCAGCUGGUGUCCAGGCUAGCUGGUGUCCAGGCUCACGAGCUCAAACCCAUCUUCAACCUCCUCCUCCACCUCCUAGCUCUGGAGGACCCUUAUCAGUUGUUGAGAGUGGAGAACGUCAUCACGGGCGAGUACGGUCUCUUGAAUCUGGUGAGGCGGUCCAGUUCUGAGGACCCCAAGAGAGCGUACCAGUGUGUCAAGUUCCUGACUCAGCUGCUGAGGAGCAACCCGGCUGCUAAGGAGCACAUCUUAGAACACAUCACUGACUGGCAGUGGAGUGUUAACUGGCUCAGAACAGCGUUCGAGACGGAAGCUAAGAGUAGCUCUGUGAGUAAUGAGUCAGCCAGCACCAAGGGGUUCCAGAGGACGGCUUCAGCCCAGGAGACCUUGAGUGAUGCUACCGCUCUUCUUAACGAGUUUGAAAGUUCUCAGUGAGACUGAGUGUAGGGUUUUAGAGUUGUAACUCGUUAUCAGCUCUGAAAUCUCGAUACAGGAGUUGAACAAAAGAAGAAGACAGAUUUUAUUGUGUGAUACUGAUAGAUAAUAGGUACAAAAUAGUAUCCCGCUGGACUUGGCGAGGAUGAAAUGUCAAAGGUAAAGAGACAAUUAUUGAUAUGUAGUUAUUAGGGGUAAAUUGAUUAAUAUAACUUAAUAAACUGGACGGUUAAAUUUUUCGACUUCGAAUUGAGUUGAACAUUUAUUAAUUUUCCUACCGGGAAGGGGAAUUAACUUUUAUAGUAAAUUAUUGAAUGUGGCAUUGAAGACACGAUUUACUUUGUUUAUCGAUAGCAGGAUUUUAUUUAUUUUUGUUAAUAACAUUAUAUAUGUAAGAACUUACUAAAAUCAAGCGUAGAGAAGCUACGCCCGGUUCUGUAUCUACUUUGAAAUAUCACAUAUUAUAUAAUAAGUAUUCACAGCUAGCCUUUAUAUUUUCAGGACACAUGUUUGUAUCAAGUUAUAUUGAGAACUAUGUUGGGCAGAAAGAAGUUUGUUUUAAAGCACUUGACAGCUCUUAGCCAAUCAGCUUACAAAUAAUUACGUGCAACAAAUCAUAUUGAGCACGUGUAAAAACAAACUUUUCUCCCGCCUUUACAAGCAUUUUCAUAUCUAUAAAUAGAAAUAUAAUAGAAUUUCUUACGCAACAAUUCAUAAUUACGCAUAUUGUCAGGUUAGUUUCGUAUCAUAUUUAGUCUUUUUAACCUAUUAUUCAUUUUAUUUCAUUUUAUAAGAUUGAUUUGAAUUAGAAGUAUACAUGUUCUGUAUUUAGGAAGUUAUGUCGGUUAACGAAUAAGUUAGGUAGUUAGUUAGUCGAUUAUUUAGUUAAUCAAUUAAUUAAUUAGUUAGAAGGUGCUAUGCUAUGUGUCUCAGCUUUUGGGGCUCUUGUGUCGUUUGUUUUAAUUUUUUGUAAUUAAUUUGUUGUACUUAACUAGACAAAUG